CAAUUAUUCAGUAAUUAUGAGGUGAUCUUCACUCAAAAAAAAAAAAAAAAAUAGAAGAAAACGAUAAAAUGACUCUUAACCAAACUAUCCAAGAAUCUCUGGUUCCUCUAACUGGGAAACUUUCCAACACCGAUAUCGUUGUGACUAGUUUGUGUGCUGGGGCCAUAGCUGGUGCUCUAGCUAAAACUACGAUAGCACCUUUGGAUAGGACAAAAAUUAAUUUUCAAAUCAGUGAAAAACCAUACUCAACAAAGAAGGCCUUAAAAUUUUUAAUACAAACGUUGAAAAAUCAUGGAUUUUUUGCAUUGUGGAGAGGAAAUAGUGCUACUAUGGCUCGAAUUGUUCCAUACGCUGCUAUACAAUUUACAGCACACGAACAAUGGAAAAGACUUUUAAAUGUUGAUGCUUCCGGCAAAUCUCCUGGGAAACAAUUUUUAGCAGGAUCUCUUGCUGGAGUAACUUCUCAAUCGUUAACUUACCCAUUAGAUUUAGCAAGGGCUCGAAUGGCAGUUACUCCGAAAGAUCAAUACGCAACACUACGACAAGUUUUUCUAAAAAUAUAUAGACAAGAAGGACUUCUAACGUUUUACCGAGGCAUUAUUCCAACUUUAUUGGGUGUUAUUCCAUAUGCAGGAGUUUCUUUUUAUACAUAUGAGACUUUAAAACGACAAUAUAAAGAACACAUAGGCCAUUUAAAUAUACCUCAACCAAUAACUUCUUUAGGAUUUGGUGCAAUAGCUGGGAUGUUAGGCCAAACAAGUAGUUACCCAUUAGAUAUAGUUAGAAGACGAAUGCAAACAGAUAUGAUUAAUAAAUAUCCAUCAAUAUCUGGGACGUUAAAACUGAUUUGGUUCAAUGAAGGCUUAAAAAAUGGAUUAUAUAAGGGAUUGUCAAUGAAUUGGAUUAAAGGUCCUAUAGCUGUAGGAAUUAGCUUUGCUACAUAUGAUAACAUCAGGGAUACUUUAAGGACAGUCGUGUUGAAAUACAGAUAGAAAAAUGAUUAUUUUAUUUUCUAAUGGUAUAAAACAAAGAAUUAGGAUGGAUUGGUCAAUUAUAUAAUAGGUUUAAUUAAUUCUUUUUUAAUAAUUGUGAAUUAGUCUUUUUACACAUUCAAGAAUUUUUCUCCUAUCAUGUUUUUAUAUAUUUUUGAUUGAUUCUAUGUAGACAUGUAAAUAUGGUGCAAUUUAUUUAUUUUUUAAAUAAACAUUGUUAUGGAUUGUUGUAUAUUAAUAAAAAAAUUAUAUUAUUACUA